AGGUACCAAAAGCCCUUUUAAGCCAGGUGCAAACAAACGCAACAUAACAACAGGACAGGAUUUAGUGGUGCGUUUAAGGUCAAAAAACGAACUGGAAAAACUAAACUAAGUGUGUGAAAAGUUGACCCCGUUGUUACUUUGUGGUUAUAAAACAGGAUUAUCAUUUUAUUGUAUUAACAAGAUUAGCUUUGAGCUCGUGUCGUCCCCCACCUGUCCGUGGGAGGGUGCCCGGUCUAGCUCAGAGCCUCAGGAUCAGGUCCCUCCAGCUCCUGCAGCUGAUCCCUCUCAGCUGACGUCAGGAGAAAUGGCGGACCAGGAUGGCAGCGACGCAUCUCCUCCAGAGUCCCAAGCGUCUUACUCUCAAUACAAAUCGGAGGAUGGAAGAACAUCUUCAGCCACCCGCCCCAGCUCUGCAGGCUCCGGGCAAGCCUACUCGCCCACCCUGACCCCCAACACCACCCCUACCCUGACUCGCACCACGACCAGCAACAGCCCCAGCAACAAUGCUGCCACCAAAAUAGACUCGUUGCUCUUCAACAAGAUGGACGAGAGACAGAGGUUAGCCCGAGAGCGCCGCGGGGAGCGUGAGAAACAGAAUGCUGUAAAGGAAGCCCAGUGGCAGGCCCGCGAGGAGCGAGCCAAGCAGCACUACGAGAAGCACCUGGAGGAGAGGAGGAGAAAGCUGGAGGACCAGAGGGUGAAGGAGGACAAGAGACGGGCCGCCGUGGAGGAGAAACGGCGGCAAAAACUGGAGGAAGACAAGGCUCGUCAUGAGGCGGUGAUUCGUCGAACGCUGGAGAGGAGCCAGAGAACCAGGCAGAAGUCCAACCGAUGGUCCUGGGGAGGAGUAAUCCACCCAAACACUACCAGCACACCAGCCGAUGCUGACAGGAGAUCAGUUUCCACGAUGAAUUUAUCAAAACAUACAGACCCGGUCAUUUCCAAGCGUCUCUCCUCCUCCUCUGCUACACUCCUACACUCUCCAGACAGAGGUCUGCGCCGUCUUCCUUUGACGCCAUGGGAGAGCAAUGUGGUCAACCGCCUGCAGCAGCCGACACACUCUUACUUAGCUCGUAGCCGCAGCGCUAUGAGUCUAUCUGGAGAGCAAACAGCCAUGCCUGUGUGUCCUCGCUCAGUGUCCUGCCACCCCAUGGGCUCCAUGUCCUUCAAGGCCCUGCAGGCGCAGCCUCUCCCUCACUGCCGCAGCCACGACAGGAGCCUCAGCAGGGAGACGGCCUCGUCUUCCUCCAAGACGCAGGUGCGCAGGAGGACCACCGGCACCACACAGCAGAAGGACCGAGAACAUGUCAGGAAAUCCUGGAGCAACCUGUCACUCCCACUGGCUCCCAUUCUGACUUUACCCCCCAACAAGCGCUCCUCUUCUCUAGGCAAGAAGAUCAGCAGAAUGACAGCGCCCUCUCCUGGAAGGCAACCUCAAAAGGCAGGAGAGCGGCCUCCAACCCCCAAGAUGCUGAAGUCUCCAGGGCCAGAAGACCCGGGAAACCUGCGACCGUUCAGAGUCACACCCGAGAGUCCCCGAACCACCAGAGAGCAAGAUGAGGAGGAUGAAGACGAGGUUCUGAGUCCUCUUCAGCCUCGCCCUCAGCCUCUGGGUCAGAACAAGAGCAGCAGUGAGCCGUCUCCACCAGCAGCCAGCGAGAGUGUAAGCAGUCCUCCAGCUCACAGACCCUCUGCAGGCACCACAGACCCAGAGGAGGCGAGUCGCAUCCUGGCUGAGAAUCGUCGGUUGGCCAGAGAGCAGAGGGAGAAAGAGGAAGAGGAGCGCAAGCAACAGGAGGAGCAGGCGAGGUUAGCGAGGGAGGAGAUGGCUCGCCGUAAAGCCGAGGAGAGAGCAAAGAGAGAAGAGGAGGCUCAGCGUCAAGCGGAGGAGAUGAAAAAGAAGAAGGAGGAGGAGGAGAGGAAGAUGGAGGAAGAGAGACUUGAGAAGGAAAAAGAGGAGGCAGAGAAACUUCAGAAACAGAAAGAGGAGGACGAGUCUCGACAGAGAGAGGAAGCGGAGCGACUGAAGCAGGAGAGAGACAAGCACUUCCAGAAAGAGGAGGCUGAACGCCUGGAGAGAAAAAAGCGUCUGGAGGAGAUCAUGAAGAGGACACGACGUUCAGACACACCAGAUAAGAGAGUGGUUCCUAACAGGAAUGGUGACAAUGCAGUGACCCCUACGAGCUCCAGCCCGUCAGCUGACACUUCGUCACCGACAAACAGCAGCAACGGUCAGGAAGCUGACUCUAACCCAAACACCACCCCACCGAGCCAACCUGAGCAGGGGGAGAACGGGGAGUUUGAGGAGGUGAUCGUACUGCCUUCACAUUCCAGGUUGUCUCCUCCUGAGGGAGAGGAGGAGCAGCAGCAGCAGGAGGAGGAGAGAGCUCCUGUCAUCGCCUUCAGGGAGAACGGUCUCCUAAAGCCUCUCAGCGGGAUGGAGGAUAUAUCUGCCCAGCAGGGACCAGAUGUCGCCUGAGGCCCUUUCAGACCGAGAUGAUUCCACACACCCAGAGAGACAGGAAGUGAGACGGUCAGAGAGGUAAACACAGAGCUGUUGGACUGAACCAAAGGAAAGGGACUCGUAGCGUCACAGCCUGGACCCUUCCGGAGGUUCACCUUCUCACCCUCCUGUGACAGACGAGCACCGCAGCCAUUUCCCCAAAGAUGGUGUCUCCAAAGAUCUCCCUUAAAAGCAUCUCCAGAGAGAAGUUCUCACCCCUUCACCUCCCUGGGAGGGCAAAAAAAAGGUUCACUCAGUCAUAAAGUUCUGUCAUCUCCCAAACUCCCAGUCUUUCUGAGGUGAAGGUCCCGAAUUCACAGGAGGGCUUCCCGUCUUGUGACUCGUGUGUGUUUGCGUGCGUGCGUGUGUGUGUGUGUGUGCGAAUGAGAGACAAAUAAUAAUGUAAUGUACUGAGAUCCUGAAGUCUUCAGCCAUGAUACUUGAAGAGAUUAUUUGUUGCUGUAGCAACAUACUGUAACUUCAACACAAUCAGCUAUGUGACGUUGUAACUGGCAUUCACGCGACAGAUUCAGAGUUACAGGUUGAAGCUCUGUCAAACUGGAAACCCUCUACUUCUUUUGUUUCAACAUAUCUAUAGGAACGCGUCAGAUGAGAUGAUGUUAGUGCAUGAAGUUGUAUUAAGACUGCAGGAAAGCAUUGUGUAAUAUAUUUGCCGGGUGAGGCUGGGGUGUCAGAGCAUGAUGAAGUUUAAGUUAAUGACGAAAUGAAGACACUGUUCUCAGAGAAAUAGGGUGUAACCUGAUUUUUUUUUUAGUUUAUUUAAUGACUGUACAGUUCAAAUGAUUCUUUGUUUUGUCCUUAUCAUGUCUUUUUGUUUGAGCUGAAAGAAGCUUCCACUCUUCAGUGAUUCCUUUUCAUCUCUUAACCCUUUACAUCCCUCCCAAUCAAUGCUGACUCCUGUCAUCUGAGCAUCCUUGGACAUCAGCUUUCCUUUCGACUACACGCAUAAACUACACAUUUAAUUUACUGCUGAUGUUAUUCUGUUGUAAUCUGACUCGUGUGAUCAUUUCAAUGAAGGAUAUAAUAAGUAAUGCUGCUAAUGUUAAUGACUCUUUGCCUUACAGCAUCAUAGAAAGAACGAGCUGACUCAUUCUCUCUAAUUUGAAGAUAUGCAUUCCAAGUAUGAGCUUGGCACAUUUGGCACAUUCCCCCAAGUCUCCGGUGGCGUCCUCCUCUCCUUGAUUUAUGUUAAAAGUUUCUAAUGAGAUGUUGUCAGUUUAUCUGUAAUGUCAGAAUUAUAAGAGCAAUAACGUCAAAUAAAUGCGUCCUUCAUACAGCUUUUCACUGCAGGAGGAGCGCAGAGGUCAUGAUGAUAACACUCCUGUAACAGUCUCUUCAGUCUUUCAGGCAUCUCUCCAACAUGGCUGCUUUCUUUCUGUUCAAACCUUUCACGUUUAGUCUCUCUUGCAGUCGUACCAAAUGGAAGGAAACUUCAGACGUAUAACGUAGGGCUUGUUUGUGCACAGCAUGCUGUUGUCGACAUGCUAACUUGACUGAGUUUGCAAAGAACUUUCUUUAACUGAAGAAGAAUCAAGUGUAAAAUACAUUCUACUGAGAUAUCCUAUAAAUUCUAUGUAAAUGUUGAUAUAUUUUACUAAGACUGACCACACGGCUAACGACUAAUGAGCCCUUUGUUUCCGAGGGUCUGUGGGAUGAAAUCUUUGAGCAACUGGAAAACUGGAAUCACUGUACAACUGUUGCAGACGUGCUGUUUGGAAAGUUAAUAAAACUUUUUGAAUUGA